CCCCUGCCACCCACGUACUCCUUGGAGACCCAGCCCUGCUGCUGUCACAAAUUUCAGUGAUGUCACAGCUCCCCGAGCUGGAGGCUCCAGCAGAGCCACCCUGAUGGCCAGCCUGAGUGCUGGCCCAACUGAGAGGGGCAGGGAGCAGGUGGUGCCUGGUACCAGUCUUGCUCCAUCUGUUUUUGAGGUCUCACAGCCCCAGUAUGAGUCCAUCAGCAAAGAAGAGGCCCAAGAAUAGAAUGGUUUCCAAGAUACAAGAUGAAGAACCACAGGACAAGAUACCACAACCUGUCAGCAAAGUAAUCGGCCGGAACCGACUUAAGAUGGUAUUAAAAAACUUGUCGCUCUUGAAGCUGCUCAAGAGCUCGAACCCCCGGAUCCAAGAACUGCAUAACCUGGCCAAAAGGUGUUGGAAUUCACUGCUCAGAGUUCCAAAGAUCCUUGGGAUCUCCACUGGGAGCAGCAAUGUCUGCGAUAGAGUGGAACAAGGUAACGAAGAGCUCCAAGAUGCUGGGUGCCCCAAGAACAUCCUGGAAUCCAAGAAAUUAGAGUCCACAGGGGAGCCCAAGGUGGGGCUGGGGGAGAAGAACAAGGCCCAGCAGUCACCCAAAGCAGCGUGCCAGAGCAAGGCGCAGGUGGAGCCCGAGCUCCCCAGGACAUCAAAGGACCAUGGCCUGACCACUUGCCCUGGAGCUCAGGGGAGGCAAUCACCCACUGGGGACCCCCGCAUCAUCUUCCUGAAGACCUACCAGCAUAGAACUCCCGCGGGGGACAAGCAGCAGCUGGAAGCAGCUGACCAGUGGAUCUGGUUUGAGGGGUUGCCCACGCGAAUCCACCUCCCAGGGCCCCGGGUGAUGUGCAGACCAUCUGCCUUGCGCUGGGUCAAGCGCUGCUGUACCCGCUUCUGCUCUGCAUCACUUGAGCUACCCAUGUGCCAUCUAUACAAAGUGUGACAACACCACGGCCCGGCCAGGGUGGCGCGACCUGGGCCGGGAGCCAGACGUGCGAGGCAUGGGCGGGCAAAUUCACGAGUCUACGAAUAAAAUCUCCCUUUGGGAACUGAUGAAUACUACCGCUGCCUCUGCCUGUUGGGGACAGGAAAGGAUGGAGGAAAGAGGCCCUCGACCGAGGUGGGGAGGAAAAAUGUGCAUCACGAUUUUAGGUUUCUUCCACCCCAUUCCCAGGCCCCCUCAGGUCAGCCUAGAACGUGGCACACAGAAGCGAGCAAGCUGCACCCCUCCCCACCCCUGCAAGCUGGCCGGCCCGCGAGUGCACUCUAUGCGGUCACAGAAGGGACUUUCUGGGUCGUUUGUCAGGUACUUUCUGGAUGCCAGAUGCUUCACAAUGGCCCCGCAAGCCAACGAGAUGACAGCCUGUGGCGCCGCGGAGGCGGAAGGGGACUUGGCCCACACGACGAGGAACUGACGGGGCCAGAGCUCCAAUCUCGAACUGCGGGCUGUUCCCCAUUCCAUUUUCCGAAGGAAGGAAAACGGCACAAAAGCGCGCACCCAUCCAGCCUGUCAUUCACGCGCAUUGUACCUCGGUCACUGCGGCGUCGGGGGUCAACACAUGCGUGUCAGAUAGGCCUCGAAAUGUCAGGCCUAGUGUCAGGGCUUGGGCUCUACAGCUCCCGUGGGACACGACACGCCCUCCCCCCAACCCCAAGGCCCCGUAGACCCCAUCCAGUCAGGGUCGCCCUCAGUCGGCAGGAGACAUAGCCCUGAACGUGCAGUUGGGAAGAGGGAAAGCCCAGGGUACCCGGGCUAUCUGGGGAUCUUCCCCUGAAGGCAGGUGCGCGGAGUGGCACCCUGAAGAAAGCGGCACAGCGACCAAGGGGCACAGAGCCCUCCUGCGAAGACCCCAGGCGGUGGAGCAGAUGCCUGGCGCGGGAGGGAGGAAGAUGGCAGGGGUCUCUCCAAACCUGCCCGCUUGCACCCUCUUCCUCCCCGGAGCUCUCGGCUCUGAGACUGCUCCUCCCGGGGCUGGCGGGGCCGCAAACGCACCGCGUUAGCCCUGGGCAGCGCGGCCAGCCUGAGCCUGCCUGCGCAGGGCCGCUCGCUGCCGCCCUGCCCCGCUGGGCUCCUGCGAGCCUCCGCGCGCCUCCCCCGCGCAGCCGCCUCCCCGCAACCUCCACUCGGAUCCGAGCUGUCUUCCCGCUCGGCUCGCACCCCGGCCCACUCCUGGGUAGUCGCCGUUUCGGUUUCCUUGCUGGCCAUCAUCAAUCCCACCAGUCUUCGAAAAUCGCCCCCCUCGCCCUUCCACCCCUAGCACCCACCAUUCCAUCAACCUCCGCGCGAACGUCAGUCUGCGCGCAAUCAGGGCAGCGCGCGCCAACCAAAACACACCGGGCUCGCGACCCCCUGCACUAGUCUUCCUGGGAGCCUGCCCCGGGAGCCCCAAGCGAGGACCUGAAAGGCGUGGCCUUUUGUUAUAAAGACAUCUGGAUUCCAGAGACUGCCCCUCUCCUAUUCCGGAGAAUAGAGAAGACAUGAAACAUGAUUGGAACGUGCAAGGAUGAGGCUGUUGAGGCAGACGGGCCUGGCUUCUCAUCGGCUGUGUGAUGUAAUGGCAAGUUGUUUACUCCUAGUCUUCAGUUUCUUUGUGGGCAAAAUGGGAACAUAACGGUGUCUAUCCCACUGGAUUAAGUGAGAAUACACAGAACUCACUCUGCAGUGGAUGGCACUUAGGAGCGCACACAGUACUUGGUAGCUGCAUCCCGAUCAAGGGCAAACCUGUCCCCCAUCUAACAGCUGAGAACACUGAGGCUGGGGAGAAAGGUGUCUCUGUAAAAGGAGGAGAAAUGGGGCAGGGGUCCAGUAACUAGAACUGCCAAGAUUUCUGGAUCACUUCCUACCUGCCAUGCACCGUGCUAAGUACUUUACUCGAAGUAUCUCACUGAAUCUUCACAACACAGGAACUGCUAGCUUCUCCCCAUUUUACAAACAAGGAAACCAAGGUUUCCUUGUCAAGCAGCUUAUCUAAAUCCUCACAGCUAGUAAUGGGACCCAGGAUUUAACCCUGCACUCCCUUGUAGCUCUCUCAAGUCCUAUGGGCCCUGCAACUCAUUUUUUUUUUUUUUUUUUUUAAGUAGGCACCACACCCAGGAUGGAGCCCAAACAGGGCUUGAACUCAUGACCCUGAGAUCGAGACCUGAGCAGAGAUCAAGAGUUGGACACUUAACUGACCAAGUCACCCAAGUUCCCCAUGCCCCCUACAAUUCUUUGUUGGCCAUAGAGUAGCAGGACAGGGGUCCAAACUCUCAGCAACCCCUACCCAUUCCUGUCUCAAUGUUGUUUUCACCACCACUUGCUACUUUCCUACAAAAAAUCCUCAAGCAAGGCUUUAAUUCCCUCUACACAGAGGGCCUCUCUUGUGCCCUCAGUCUGCCCAUACUGCACCUGCCCCUGAAGCUCUGUGCUCCUUGGGCUACAGAUACAGGGAGGAGAUCCAUGUCUGUGCACGACUGCCCCCUGGGCCCGCUAGAGGAAGCUACUCUGAUCUGGGAGGUCACUGAGCAGCCGAAGUGCUUCCAGGGGAGCAUGGUUGAACUGUGCACCCGACAGGAUUCAUGUGGGCCUUCCCACCCCACCCCCUGGCAUCGGUUGGCUGCCACCCCAGCCCCCAUUUGGCUCUGAUCCAGACAGGACUGCCCAGAACUGGAAGCUAGGGGCACCCUCUGAGCUAGACAUCCCUUUCUCCUUUCCCAUCUUGCCUCUGGGUCAUAAACUAUUCUGAGCACCAGCUACGCACUAGUGUCCCCCUCCUCCAAAUGGAAGCUGAGGUAGUAGGGGGCUAGGGGGUGGGGAAUGAAAGGAGGUCCACGCUUCAGAUCCCCUAGAAAGUCAAGAGAUCCACCAACUCGGUGGCGGGGUAGAGCUAACUUUCC